GUUACCGAGCAAGUAGUUGUGGGCGGGCUUUGUAGCCAGCCAGCCGGUAGUUCCAACUUCUAAGUGUGUUCGAAAGUCAAGACUACGUUUUCACAGCCCUGCCAUAUACCCACACAUUCACACGUCGAAUAUAUUUCCCCACAAGAAAUUCCGUGCACCUGAUUGUGAGAGUCUCGGCCCUUUGGACUGUCUCCGUCUUGCCCACCGACGUCAAAUUGACAUACACAGUGCCCAUCGAGCGUAUUUUCGCUUUUUUAAACCAAGAUACUUCACCGCACACAUCAAUAUGGGCGAUCAGAAGACCAUACCGAAUGGAAUAAAGUUCCUAAUCGGUGGUGUUUCUGGAAUGGGUGCCACGUGUUUUGUGCAGCCACUAGACCUGAUUAAAAAUCGUAUGCAGCUAAGCGGCACAAAGGUUUCCACGAUGUCAAUUGUGACUGGAAUUAUAAAGAACGAAGGCUUUUUCUCGUUCUAUGCAGGCUUGUCUGCUGGCUUAAUGAGACAGGCCACUUAUACCACUACGAGGCUUGGUAUAUACACAUGGCUGUUUGAAUUAGCUUCAAAAGAUGGCCAACCAAAUUUUGUUACAAAAGCUGCAUUGGGUAUGACUGCUGGAUGCGUAGGUGCCUUUGUUGGAACACCUGCAGAAGUAGCUUUAAUCAGGAUGACCGCCGACGGAAGGUUACCAUUAGCUGAGAGACGUAACUACAAAAACGUCUUCCAUGCUCUGUUUCGGAUAACCAGAGACGAAGGUAUUCUCACUUUAUGGCGUGGAGCUAUUCCAACAAUGGGGAGAGCUAUGGUUGUAAAUGCAGCUCAACUGGCAUCAUAUUCACAAGCCAAACAGGCUUUACUAGACACUGGCUACUUCCAAGAAAAUAUUACGCUUCAUUUUGCUAGUUCAAUGAUUUCUGGACUCGUUACAACAGCCGCGUCAAUGCCUGUCGAUAUAGCAAAAACAAGAAUUCAAAACAUGAAGAUAGUGGAUGGCAAGCCGGAAUUCAAAGGUGCGCUAGAUGUCCUUGGUAAAGUUAUACGAAAUGAAGGCCCUUUGGCACUUUGGAAAGGCUUCUUUCCGUACUACGCUCGUCUAGGACCACACACGGUUCUAACAUUUAUUUUCUUAGAACAAAUGACUGCUGCCUACAAGUCUAGAUUAUCGUAAUUUAGUGUUUAAUAGCUGAGUACACGUGCAUCUUACAUACUCAGAAAUUAGAAAUUUCGAUUCCUCUUCACCUGUUAUUAUCGAUCACACUCAACGAGUAGAACUUGGAAACUUAUAUGUUUUUAAAUAUCAUGUCUCAUUCUUUGCUGAUUAUUUCAUGUCAUUACAUCUAUAUGACAUUUGUAAUUACCUUUUUUGAAGUGAUCGUUCGAUGUACAACCAAAACGGAAACAGAACAAUCUCGAUUUUCGAUUUCCAUUAUAAAUUCUUGCAAUAUAAUUAAUCGCCUGCAUUCUUUGUAUAUAUACAGAUUGUACUCCCUAUGCACAAAAAUAUUUUAUUUUUUAAUAUACAGUUACACAAUGCUGUCACAAUUAGUGUCAAAUAUAUUUAUAAAUUGGCAACAUAGACUCGAAUUAUGGGAGAAAAAUGUUGCAAUCUCGUUUUAUAUCCACUAUUUUCAAAGCCCAUUGCAAUUAUAUUCCGUGAACCCACAUUGAAUUCGUAUACUGUACACUGAUACAAUGUUUGUUAUCCUAUAAUAACGUAUACAUUUCAAGCAAAUACAUUCUGUAACCAUAAGCCAUUGCCUAGGUGUCAGGAACGCCUACAUAUAUACAUAAAUGCCCAUGAUAAUGUUAUCCAGUCAAAAGUUAUAAUCGUAAAACGAGAUGAUAUAAUUUUUGUACAUGAUUAUUUUUUUAGUGCAUCGUGAUAUUAUGUAAUGUUAAAUAUUUCAAUAUUGUAAAGAAAGUCGGGAGACGUGUGGCUUCCAUUUGUUGUACAUAUACAGAUAUAUUAUAUGCGUACAUUACAUACACAUAAUGUUCAUAUAGGUAUGUUGGAGAAUGUUAAAGAUGUAAUAAAUAUUUCAUU